GAAGAUAGACCACAUCCAUUGUUGUAUUUGUAUGCAAGAAGCAGAGAGCUCGAAAGUCGAAGCUCAAUGCCCACUUUUCUUCAACCAAUGGAAGCACUUACUGUCGCAUUUUGACUCACGUACACCUUCCUUCCACCCCCUUAUAUAAACCUCAUUUGUUUAUUUUCAUUUUCAUUUUCAAUUUCAAUUCCGGAGAGGCAGAAUUGGAUUUCCACACUUACAGAUUAAGAAGCCAAGAGGAGAGACUCGGUGCGGAUUAAUUCUCCCCUCAGAUCCUCUUUAAUCUCGCUAUAUUACCUUUGAUUCAAGACUAUGGAUCUCGUAGGUGGACCCCAGAAGAUUUUACACAAAAUCUCACUGAAUGAUCACAUGAUACUUGUGUUGCUGUGGCACAUUCUUCAUUUAAUUGUGAAAGUCAUAUACUUUGUUUGGGAGAAGAUGCGUGCAAUUGAAAGCUAUCUUAUAGCAAAUGGAAUUGUGAAAACAUAUGAAGAUCUGAAUUUAGACAGAGUGAAGUAUCUUGGAAUUGUGGUUGAUAGUGAUGAAGCCCGUGAAACCUCAAAAGUUAUUGAACUUUUGGAGUGGAUUUCAGAUAUUGGUGUGAAAAAGGUCUGCCUUUAUGACAGAGAAGGAGUGUUGAAGAAGUCCAAGGAAGUGUUCUUGGAGAAAUUUGAUUCUAUGGGGAAUUCAGAAACUAAUCAAAAAAGGCAAAUGGAUUUUGAAUUUGUUUCAAUCGUUGAUGGAAAAGAAACAGUUGCUAAAGCAGCUAAUCUGCUCUAUAAAAAGUAUUAUUCUGAUCCAAAUUCAGAAAAACCGUUCUUCACUGAAACCUAUUUGACCGAAGCACUGAGGAUCCUAGGUUCUAAUGAGCCAGAUCCUGAUCUUAUACUGAUUUAUGGGCCCACAAGGUGCCACCUUGGUUUUCCAGCAUGGCGUAUUCGUUAUACAGAGAUGGUACACAUGGGAUCAUUGAAGAACAAGAAGUUUGGUUUGAUUUUGAAAGCCAUCAACAAAUACACCAAGGUGAAGCAGAACUACGGUUCUUAAGAUACUAUGGGUACGAGGAAUCUUGUUACAUGUGGUUAUGAGUUAAGAAUCUCUGUGUUUUGUGCAUGUAUGAACAAUUGGGAUGAAUGCAUGAUUGUAUGAUUGUAAUAUUUAGAUAAAUUAAUGUAUGUGUUUUUAAAUAUUUAGAAAACCAAAAGUUGUUUAUCGUAUUUAUUAUUGUUGGGAUAUCUUUGUAUGUAUGGG